AUGAGAAGUCGUGACAGACUACGAAAGCUUCGAAGAACAUCACGACGCAUCCGCACCGUCAAACGAAAGCACUCGUUCGACACACUUGAGAUUAACAAGCCAUCUCGGCAUAG